AUGGAAGUUCUUUUUGAUGUUGAAGGUGUACAUUUUGCGCGUUCACAUGCAGUUUUUAAUCAAAGGAGAGAACAUGCAUUCGUUGUAAAAUCUUUUUUAAAACUAGAUUUUGAAUGUACAGUACUUAGUAUCCUUAAUGAGGCAACCGCAGCAACUAUUGUUUAUGAUUUGGACAAGAAAGCACUUGGUGAGCUAAAUGUUCUUUUAUUUAAUCUGGGUGGUGCUUCUUUUAAUGUCACCCAAUUAACUAUUGAAGAAGAAAUUUACGAAGUAACGGUGACACGCAGCUUAGAAGUGAAAGCCAAACCAGCGAUUAAAUAG